AUGGAGAAUCCGGAUGCUGCCAAAGCUGCAGCAGAGAGGCCUGCUGAUUUCUUUUCCAUGCAGAUGGCUGCCUUUCAAGAAUCAUUGGAAGAAUCAUUGGCCGGGCUUCAGGUUCAGGAGCUCCGAAGAGAACUACGAAGUACUCCGAGUACUCCGAGAGCGCCGGUCGAGGCUGAAGCAGCUGAAGCAGCUGAAGCAGCUUGGGCAGCUGAAGCAGCUGAAGCAGCUUGGGCAGCUGAAGCAGCUGAAGCAGCUUGGGCAGCUUUGGAGGAACCGGAGACGGAGCUGGCACGCCUGUUCACUGAGAUGAAUCGACAACAUCAAGGUGGAACUUUUGCGGAGAGCUCCGCACCGCUACGGUCACGCCCAGAGUUGCAGAGACUACGUCUGCAAAUGGAGAGAGCAUGGCCGGACACAAGCCUGGCCGAUGCCUUCGUCAACUUCGCCGGCAAGGGGAGUGACACUUUGUACGUCGGUAUCUUUGCUCGCGUGGCGAAUGACCUUGGCCUGACCACCGAAGAGUCCACGGCCAUCUUCCGCAUCUUAAGCGGCAACAAAAGUUUCGUUCAGCUUGAGGACUGGGAUGGUUUGCUCUUGGGAGCUCUUCAGAUUGCACCCCAGGUCAGCAAUGUUGCGCAGCAGCCCCCAGCGCCCCCAAACAUGCCCGAGGACCUGGGCAACAUGGGGGACCUGAGCGAUUCAGAGGAGGAGACCUCUACUGAAAGCACCUUUCCUGGGAGUGAUUCCGAGGGCGAGGGAAGCGGGGACGAACCGUCAAGUCCCGAAGAGGACGAUCACUCGCUGACGCAGCCCAAUGAUCUGAAAGCAUUGGUCCAAGUGCUCCAGGCCCAAUUGAAAUUGUCCGAAGAAGAGACAAACCGAUGGCAAAGAGAAGCGCAUAGGCAAGAGGAGGCAGCAACGGAGUUGAGAGAGAAGAUGCGGCUCACCCAGGUGUGGGGCACGAUCGGUUCGGUGCAGGAACUGAUCAAGUCUGCUGGCAUCGGCUUUAUUCGGCCGUAUUCGGGCCCAGUGAAUGGCAAGGACCUAUUUUUUCACAAGUCGGAGUUGAAGAAGGGCAAUUUCCACACGCUGGCAAUCGGAGACGAAGUAUCGUACGAGGUCAUGCUGAAUCCAGCGAAGAAAAGGACCUUUGCCGCAAACGUGAUGCUCACCAAGAGCCAUCCGCUGAUGAGCCAGUCCGGCGUGGUGAAGUUCUACAAUUCGCUGAACGGUUAUGGUUUCAUCCGACGAGGGAAACCCGGUGGCGGUGACGUCUACGUGCAUCGCUCCGCCAUUGCGGAUGGAAAGAUGCUGCUGCGAGGGGAUAAGGUCUGCUUCGACGUCAUCGAAGAAGAAAAUCGGCUCUGCGCCUUGCGCGUCACCGGCGGCACCGGGGGAUAUGGCCUCACCUUCGGCUGCAAUGUGGAUCGAAGCACCAUCAAGAACCUGCACGGCACCAUCAAAAAGUUCUUCCCUGAGAAGGGAUGGGGCUUCAUCAUCCAGGAGGACGGGGGACCGAACCUCUUCUUCCACAGCAAUGCCAUUGAGUCAGGUGAUGACUCCACUGCGCCGGCCCUCGUGGUGGGCAGCCGGGUCAGCUACGAGAGCAUCUUCGACGCCACGCGCGGCAGCCGCAAGGCGCAACGGGUGCAACGGGCGGAGGCAGCGGAGCUCCCGGAGAACAGAGCCAUGGACGAGGAACAGGACCUCGCCGCCUUUGCUGUGGAUGACAGCGAUGAAGAGGAAUGGGAACUGGUAACAUGA